AUGUACGGGAGUACCCAGGCGCGCGCGCGCACAUCUCACUUAUGCCAAUCCUCGUCCCCGACCAGCGCUCUUCUCUCCCAUUCUGGCUGCUUGUUGGAAAUAAGACCGUCUGGUCUGCUUCGCCCAUCGUUGGACUUUUUGGGGCCCCCUUCCAAACGUCCUCUGUCUCGAGCCCACAACUUUUCCCUUCUCACUCAACUGCACUCUCGAUCCAAAGCAACAACGAGAAGAGGAACGAUCCGAGGGGAGGAAACAAAAGUUGAAGAAGCCAGCCUGGACCUCAACCGCCCUGUUGAUCGUCCGUCUGCUGAACCCCCCCGGCACGUACCAACCUUGGCCGUUCAAUACCACCACCACUACCACCACCCACCACCCACCAUAUACUAUCGGCUGGCCCAGCUCGGAGCUACUACGUACACCCGCCCACAGACACACCCCUGCCGAAUUGCUGCUCCUCCCCAAAAUAAUAUUAUUUCUCGCCCGGAGGCUUGCCUUUGCGACUCACUCAUCACCUGUCUACCUGUCUACCACCGCCAAACCAAACCAAAACACACAACAACUGCCACGUCUACGAAUAGUUACACUCUCACAAUCGUCUUGCGAAGAGUAAAGUGUUCGGCUCUCGUUGUCGAACCUGAUCAGCAUCGGUAG